UAAAAUAACUUUUUUUGUUCACUCAAGGGAAGUGCGUAAAAUUGUACGUCCUUGUAGAGACACAGAGUAAUUUCGGUCGAAUAUGAGUUAAAACUCUAAACAGUUCAGUAUCGUAUUGACAUAGUGCAAAACUCUACGUUUACGCCAUCAAUUUAUCGUUCCUGCGUUCACGUGGACCCGGUUAAUUUGUGUCAAUUGAUUCGCGUCGUAGCAGUGCUCGUGCUGUUCACCAUAUCCGAUCAUAUCGGUUGUAGCGGGUAUUGUCCCGGCUGGUUGUGUUGGUGCUUCCGAUUGGGAAGCGACGACGUUGAUUUCGUCAUUUGUCACAAGAUUCCGCGAAGAUUCGUUAGCACGUAGAGCAGUAAUUCGGCUGCCGUAGGCAGUUUGCGGUGAGCAGUGUUGUGCAAUCAGUGAGAAGCUGCACUUCAAAGGGACAGAUUAAUUUUCUUUAUAUUUAAGAGUGCAUUCGAUCUACACUGCAUUAUGAAUCAUUUACAAAUAUCAACCGAUCCGACGUUGCUGGCGGCAGAUUUGCCGGAGUCGUUGACGACUUCGCCGUCCGUGUCUACAUUUCUGCCGGAGGAGGAUGCUUCCACUUGUUUACUGUUACCGGGAACUCCCAGUCCACCGUUAGAUUUCACCCACCCGCUUACCCCACUGGAAAUGGCGAACGUCGAUAAUUGUGAUACUGUAGCAGGAGAUGAUCCCGCAGCGGAGACUAGCUCUUCGGGUAGCUCCGGAAUAGGAAUGGUUGGCGGUUGUACGUCGGGAGCGGGAAACCUGUUCAGCGAUUACCAGCAUUUGCGCAAAACUAGCGACGGGAAACUGCCGGAAAAUGGACUGCAUAUGAAUGGAACGUUGAACAUACCCAUCUCGAAGGAUAUGCCGAGCUUUGUGCACUGGAACUGGCCCCUGAUUCGGAAGUGUACUUUUUUCGUGUUUCUUUCCGGAAUUGUUGCCAUGAUUGGGAUUGUGGUCACGAUGAUCGCUACGUUGCCCAAGUCCUGCAAUCCUGAUGUCGCCUGGUAUAAGGGAUCGGUUUUCUACGAAGUAUUUCCGGCCAGCUUCCAGGACACCAACGACGACGGUCUGGGCGACAUCCAUGGCUUAAUCGGACGGGUCGAGUAUUUCAAGAGCCUAGGCAUUAGUGCCGUUCGGUUGAAUUCAAUUUUUCCGUCUAAGCACUAUCCGGAUCACUUUCAGGACGUUACGUCACUAACUGCGGUUGACGAAGUGCUGGGAAAGGUUGAGGAUCUGCAGAAGUUGGCGGCAAUGCUGCACGAGAGAAACAUUUCGCUGAUUUUGGAUCUGCCCAUCUAUCCGUUUGUGGAUCACCUAAACCCACCGUCGUUGGAUAUCGAUCAUUUGCCGAAUCGAACGGAUGAUGUUCCCACUAGUGAGUAUCUUCGGUUGGCUAGAUCCGUUGGGAUGCACGAUCAGGAGAACGUUAUCACCAGUGUUAUACGUUUUUGGCUUGCUAAAACUGGUGUUGAUGGGUUUUACAUGAAAGGAUUAGAGCAUUUCCAUGACGACCCACUGCUGUUGGAGAACAUUAAAGAAUGGAAAUACACUCUGGGAGGAGAUCGAAUCCUGAUGGUCAGCAAGCAGUUUAUUGAAAAGGUUCCAGAAUCAAUCGUUAGCCAUGUGCUCAAACAAGUUGAUUUGGUGGACGUUCUAUUGGACGUUUCAAAAGGAGCUGAAGCUAUCGCCAACGCCGUUAAAGAUGUGAUGAUUGAUGAUAAGAUAAAGAAUGGUGUCGACCGUCCAUGGGUUCACUGGAGUCUGGGUGGCGUGAGCGAACGGCGGUUAUCUACCGGACUAAGUCCUAAUGCUACUUUGGCGGCUACGCUGAUGCAGUUAAUGCUGCCGGGAACUGCCAGUAUUUUCUAUGGUGAUGAAAUUGCUCUGGAGGAAGCAAGUGAUCCGAAUGGGGAACACGUGGAGACACAACAUUUACACCAUCUGGCUGCAAUGGCAUGGAGUGGCGAUCAGUUUACGGGACGUGGAACUCUGCCUUGGCUACCGAAGAGUGCUUCCGCUUCAUUCCAUCAUCUCGACAUUGUACUGGAGAUGAUUGCGUUGCGCAAAAAAUCACCUUCGAUUUAUUUGAACGCUGUAACGAAAGAUGGCCAAACAUUGACAAACACAGACAUAAAGUCCAGCCAAAAUGAUAUAGUUGUGAUUGAACGGUGGUACCCGAGAAGGAAUUCAUUCGCCGCAAUCUCCAAUCUUGGAUCGAAAAACGUCUCUCUUGACCUGACUGCAAUGUUUUACAGCGGGGAAAUCGUAGCUGGGACAACUGGCAUCAGGGAGCGUGUUUAUUUUGAACGUUUCGCUGUGAAUGCUUUGGAAACGGUCAUCGUGAGAUUACACAAAUAGAAACUGACCUGCUGACGCUCAUUUGUUUUUGAUUCAGUUUUGAUUUUAUUCUGUGGAUUUUUUCUUAUAAAGAAGAAAAUUCAAAUAAUAACUAACCUACAAGUAGCUUUACUUUACACCUUAAAUUGUUCUGUACAUAUAUCAACCAUAGCUGUGUUGUAUAGAGCAAAGAGAAUGUUAAUAAAAAUCUAUUAAAAAUAUCUAUAGGAAAAAAACAUAA